UCCUGAGCUCAGAGUCCAAGGCCCAGGUCAGGCUCAGGAGAGCAGAGACCGCCUCUGGAAGUCCUUCUCUGCACUAACCAAACCUUUCUUGUCCACUGCCUGUAACCAGCAAGUGGGAACAGAAGGAGGAGAGACCAGCUAAGUGAGACUGCCCAGCAUGUCAGAACAUCUGGCCUCAUCUCAUCAAGUCCAGUCUCAGAGAUGCCAAUUGUUUAUUCAGAGCAUUUUCCCACAGCCCCCAAUGGAAGGAACAUCUGUUGAGAGGAACAUUGAUAAAGACAAAACAAGUUCAGAAGAUUGUCUCAGAAGGUAGAGCAGAACAUUGGUCACUUUCUGCUCCUCACAAGGAAUUCAUUUCAUUGUGACUUCUGCCCUGUGGCUUAGCUGUCCAGAUGGAGCUAAGUUCUUGUUCAGCAAAAAUGGACUUCAUGAAGAUGAGGCUGGUUUAUGCUUUCAUUCUGACGAUGGGAGUUCUUUGCUUCUACUUCAGCAUGGAGCCUUUUGAGGAACCACCAUUUGUUCUCAAGAAAGGUCAUGGGAAGUUUCUCCAGCUUCCAGAUAUAGACUGUAAGCAGAAGCCCCCUUUCCUUGUGCUGCUGGUGACUUCCUCCCACAAGCAGCUGGCAGCUCGAAUGGCCAUCCGAAAGACAUGGGGUAGAGAAACAGAGGUGCGGGGACAGCGUGUGAAGACCCUCUUCCUCCUGGGGGCCUCAGACAGCACCAAUGAGAUGAAUGCCACAGCCCAGGAAGGCAAGCAGUACCGUGACAUCAUCCAGAAGGACUUCAAGGAUGACUAUUACAACUUGACCCUGAAGACAUUGAUGGGCAUGGAAUGGGUCCACCACUUUUGUCCUCAGGCAGCUUUUGUGAUGAAGACAGACUCAGACAUGUUUGUGAAUGUUGGCUAUCUGACUGACCUGCUGCUGAAGAAAAAUAAAACCUCCAGGUUUUUCACAGGUUACAUAAUGUCCAAUUACCUUCCCAUCAGGGAGACAAUCAGCAAGUGGUUUGUGAGUAAAUUUGAAUAUCCCUGGGACAGGUACCCACCUUUUUGUUCUGGUACGGGUUAUGUCUUUUCUAGUGAUGUGGCCAGCAAAGUAUACAAUAUCUCAGAGAGUAUUCCAUUCCUCAAACUGGAGGAUGUGUUUGUUGGACUUUGCCUGGCUAAGCUGAAGAUACGGCCUGAGGAACUCCACACCAAACCAACUUUUUUCCCUGGUGGCUUACGCUUCUCUGUGUGCCGCUUUCGGGAAAUUGUGACCUGCCAUUCUCUGACACCUCAGAACUUACUCACUUACUGGAAGGCACUGGAGAACUCUCAGACACAGAACUGCCCUUCUUUUUGAGGGGAGCCUGUGGUGCAAACUUCCAAUAACCUUUGGUGAUACUUUGUGAAGUUCUGGGAUGGCCUUGCUGGGAACUGUCAGGGGUAGGGAGAAGGAGAAGGAGGGGGAAGACAAAGAGUGCUAUUCUCAAUGCCCCACAUACACUAGAGUGGAUGUACACAUAAACAGAGUCAAGACUUGUUCCCACUUGGCGCCCAGAGCAAUAUCAGAUCUCAUCUCUCAGGCUUUUGCACUGUUCUCAAGGUUUGAGACAUGCUUUCAUCUGCUCAUUUCAGGGCUCAGUAUACAUAUGAAGCCAUGGAUGUGAUCGUUCUCAUUUUGCAGGUUAGGAAGCAGCAGCCAUGGCCUCUUACUUGUCCAAAGACUUCCAAUCUUCAGACGGAGCAGAAAUGAGAAUCAAGUGCUAUCAGAAUUUAGUUGGUGGCCCCCAAUGGAGUGUCCCAUUCUUUUGGAGGGUGGUAAAGGGAGAAGCUUAGAGUUGGGGUGUCUUAAAGAGAACCAAUAUCCUUCAGGCCAGGCCAUUUCUGUAGUCCCCUACCCCUCAAUUCCCAAUCCUACUUCUUUUUAUAUGCUAAGUCUGGGAUGAACCAGCUUUCUCAGGCCUUUGCUCUCACUUGAAUGAUGUAGCUAGGCACUGAGUCUGCUAGCCACUUGGUACCCAAUGCAUCUUCAACAGGAGACCGGCACACCUGCAGACACUAGCUCACCUCCAUGCUAGAAGGAAACUGAUUUGUAUGACCAUAUAAAUCAGGCUGAGAAGACAUUGCUGAGUCUUUCUGUAUAAGCUAAUCACACUGUUGAAAUCCUAGCAAGGGUGUGGUCUCCUCUGAGCCUUUUGGGAUAUCUUCUCUUUGCUGCGGAUAUCUUGAUGGAUUGAUGGUGUUCAGUUGCAGUUAUGGAACACUUUAGUCUUCUAAGUUCAAACUCAAGGAAAGCCAGGCACAGGCAUGGCCUGUAUUGGUGUCCAAGAACUUUGCUGGAACCUGGACUGGUUCAAGAUCCUGGGAUGCAGACCAUGGAUGUAGGCCGAGUCUGUUGUCAGGAUUUUCUGUCUUUCUUGGUUCCCACAGUUAUUAAGUCCCAAAGAAAUCACACAGAAGUCCACGUUAGUUAUAAACUGAUUGGCCCCUUAUCUCAGGUUUCUUAUUAAUUCCUAUAAUUUAUAUUAGCCCAUUAUUCUUAUCUAUGCUAGCUAGCCACAUGGCUAGGUACUUUUUUCAGUGAGGCAGUCACAUACUGCUUCUUCUGUAGUGGACUGAGGACUGCAGAGGAAUGGGCUUCCCCUUUCCCAGAAUUCUCCUGUUCUCAUUGACCCACCUCUACUUCUUAUCUGGUUGUCCCACCUAGUCUUCCUGCCUAGCUACUGGCAAAUCAGCCUUUAUUUAAAAUAUAAUUGACAAAAUAUAGACAGUUGUCCCACACCACCAGUCAAAGGGUUCUCCCUGCAUCUGUGAUCCUGAACCUGGCUCUUAACACUGCAUUUAUCACAUGGUCAGAGAUCUGCUGAGUGGUUUGGUUUGGAAUUUAAAACUGAAGGUUUUAAGAGCUGCAUAAAAACAGGGGCUCAUGCCCAUUCAGUCACUGUUACCAGACAUGUAAUCUUGGUCUGUAUCAUGGGAAUUAUUGUUUCCCCUUGCCCUGUACUUUAGUAGAUUUUACUGAGUGCUUGGAGCCAAGGCCUCAUGUGACUGUGUGACUGUAACGUUGCAAUAUGCUCUCUGAACUCAGGAAAACUCACUCAAGUCAGGACCAAUACUCCUCCAGUCGGAGGAGGCUGGAACCUGCCUCCAGGGCCUCAUUUCCACACGUGUCCCUGUCACUCCUCCGAGUCUCUUCCAUAACUCUUGGGGGGAAAUUGUUCUCUUUGUGACAUUCUUCAAAAUCCUACAGCACCAAGUUCUGGACCCUUAGUUCAGAAUAUGUGAAAAUCUGAAAUGUGAAAAAGAGAAAGGGUGAUUGUUCCUGGGUGUGUACUAGGGACUACAUACACCAUCAAAACCAAACCAGGUCUUCUCUUGACAGGGAAGCCAAGGCUUGUAACAAUAUGGUGGCUUUGCCGUCUAAAGGGUAGAAGAGCUGGCAUCAGGACCUGGCACCAGCCACUCUGUGUCAGACCUUCCCUUUAUUCAUUCCUUCAUUAGCCAUGUUUGCUCAAUGCAUUCACACACAUCACGAGCAAGGUCAAGGUGAGGGUCUCCAGACAGCAGAUCUGCGUGAGCAUUCAGUGCAGAGAAGCUGGUCAGGCACAGGUUCUCUUGAUCUAUGCACAGUACACAGGAGCAUAAGUAGGUGUGGUCACCUGUGCCCAGACUUGCUCUUGCAUUGAAGAUGCAGGCAUUCUUUGCAGGUAGCUGCACUUCAUUCUUACAAUGAAACUGGUUGUCAGUGGAGGUAACUGAGGUGACUCAGUGACUCACUCAGGGCCUGAGAUGCAGUGGAGGCCCAGCCCUCAGCCUUCUCCAUUGGCACAACA